GUUGUAUAUUUCACCUGAAUAAUAUGUUACCUAUUAAAAGAACCAUGACCCCACAGAUAGUAUUACAAGACUUCUAAUCUGAUGUAGGUUGCUGUUAUACCUGAGUUUAUACACAGUUGUAUGAUUUAAUGACCAGAAUGAUAUUUGGGAUCUGCAGUGUUGGUAGUCCUCCCAAAAUAUUUCCGAGUUGGCAUGAUAGAGCAUGUAGUUGGAAGCAUUUGGCUUUUUUGUCUGUUUGUUUUUGGCCAUGCCAUGCGGCUUGCAGGAUCUCAGUUCCCCAACCACGGAUUGAACCCGGGCCACGGCAGUGAAAGCCCGGAAUCCUAACCAUUAGGCCACCAGGAAACUCCCUGGAAGCAUUUGUUUUUAUUCUCCUCUCUUUUUAAGGGAAUAUAGGUUUCCCAGGAGGUGAGGAAAAAGCCUUCUUGGCCUUCUUACCCUUUCUUCCCUAUAUCCAGUAGCUCAUCAAGCUGUUUAGUAUAGAAAGCAGUGCUUGGAGGGAUGGCCGUGCUAGCAAGAAUGUUUACACAAAAGCAUUAAUAGCUGACUGUGUUUCAGAUCCACUGUUUUACUCUGGCUUACAGGAGGGAGCAGUUAAUAGUUCUCAUGUGUUUGUGUGCCUGGGACUCACUGGGGAUUUUGUUUAAAAUGAGAAUUUACAAGCUACAUCAAAGUCCCUUUCCCCAGAGAUUAUAAAAGCUGGGGUUCAGGAAAUGUCAUUGCAUUUUAAACUCCACAUCUACACCAUUGGUACUUGGUCUUGGCCAGAUGUCACAACCACCUGAGGAACUAACAGUGAAUGAAUGAACUUUCCCUUAGAAAUUCCAAUUCAGAUGCUCAGGGGUGGAGCCCAGCUGCAUUUUAUGGGAGUCCACCAGUGUAUCUGAGGUAUGGCGGGGGUUGAGAAAAACUGCUCCAUAAUAAAACUGCACAGGUCAUAGAAUAAAGCUGAGUAAGGAGAGCACUGACUGCAUUGCCAAAGAAUCCAGAGCAUCAAGAAGAAAAAUACGAACAAGCAGGAGAUGAGUACGUACCUGAGGUUCAUCGUCUCCCGCAUGAAGGAGAGGGCUAUUGACCUUAAUAAAAAGGGGAAGGACAACAAACACCCCAUGUACCGGCGGCUGGUGCACUCGGCGGUCGACGUCCCUGCCAUUCAGGAGAAAGUGAACGAAGGGAAGUACCGAAGUUACGAAGAGUUCAAAGCUGAUGCUCAAUUGCUUCUCCACAACACAGUGAUUUUCUAUGGAGCAGACAGUGAGCAAGCUGACAUAGCAAGGAUGCUCUAUAAAGACACAUGUCAUGAGCUGGAUGAAUUACAACUUUGCAAGAAUUGCUUCUAUUUAUCAAAUGCUCGUCCUGACAAUUGGUUCUGCUAUCCUUGUAUACCUAAUCAUGAACUGGUUUGGGCUAAAAUGAAAGGUUUUGGAUUCUGGCCGGCCAAAGUCAUGCAGAAAGAGGACAAUCAGGUUGACGUCCGCUUCUUCGGUCACCACCACCAGAGGGCCUGGAUUCCUUCUGAAAACAUACAGGACAUCACAGUCAACGUUCACCGGCUGCAUGUUAAGCGCAGUAUGGGCUGGAAGAAGGCCUGUGAUGAGCUGGAGCUGCAUCAGCGCUUCCUUCGUGAAGGGAGGUUUUGGAAGUCUAAGAAUGAGGACCGAGGGGAGGAGGAGGCAGAAUCCAGCAUCUCCUCUACCAGUAAUGAGCAGCUAAAGGUCACUCAAGAACCGAGAACAAAGAAAGGACGACGUAAUCAAAGUGUGGAACCCAAAAAAGAAGAACCAGAGCCUGAAACAGAAGCAGUAAGUUCCAGCCAGGAAAUCCCCACGAUGCCUCAGCCAAUCGAAAAAGUUUCUGUAUCAACUCAGACCAAGAAGUUAAGUGCCUCUUCACCAAGAAUGCUGCAUCGAAGCACCCAGACCACCAGUGACGGAGUGUGUCAAAGCAUGUGCCACGACAAAUACACCAAAAUUUUCAAUGACUUUAAAGACCGAAUGAAGUCUGAUCACAAGCGAGAAACUGAAAGAGUUGUACGAGAAGCUCUAGAAAAGCUGCGUUCUGAAAUGGAAGAAGAAAAAAGACAAGCUGUAAAUAAAGCUGUAGCAAAUAUGCAGGGUGAGAUAGACAGAAAAUGUAAGCAAGUAAAGGAAAAGUGUAAAGAAGAAUUUGUAGAAGAAAUCAAGAAGCUAGCAACCCAGCACAAACAACUAAUUUCUCAGACCAAGAAGAAGCAGUGGUGCUACAACUGUGAGGAGGAGGCCAUGUACCACUGCUGCUGGAACACAUCCUACUGCUCAAUCAAGUGUCAGCAGGAGCACUGGCAUGCGGAACACAAGCGCACCUGUCGCCGGAAAAGAUGAAGGCUGGUUCUUUCUGGAGAAUCACUGACGAUUAUUCUUCUCAGACACAGCGGUUUUUGUUUCCAAGAAGCCAAAAUUGUUUAGAAUUUGCUUCCCAUUUUGCACCAGCCUUUAAACACUUUUCGUGAAGAAAUUUUGCACAGUAGUUAAAUCUUUUGUUAAUGCUCCUCUGGAGUUUUUCAGGGGGUAAAAGUAACAUCAGUGGAGGGUAUUAUUUUAAAUAAAUUUUAAUUGAGAGUUUGUUGCAUUUUCAGCAAAUUUUAAAACAUUUUUAGGUUUUACAGAGAUUUUAACCUUUAAACAACAGAUCUUUAAAAAAACAGCAGGUGAAUACAAGUGAGUUUAACAAAGAAACAUUUAAAAUAGAUCUGAAUGUAAGAACUACAGAACUGUUUCAGAAAUAAAGCAUACUACCUUGAUGUGAAAUUUAUUUCUUAACCUUGUUGAGCUGGUUUUGUUCAGCUUAAUUUACUGUUUAAAGGCAUUAUCUAUUGGUUAUGCCAGUGGGUAUAUGAUUGAUUGAAUUUAGGGAACAGGGUUGACACAGCAGGUGCUAGUCCUGCAUAUUUUUUCUUAAAUAUUUCCCAAUUGUGUUUUUCAUUAUUUCUUUUCAAUAUAUAACUUUUAUAACAAAUUAUUAGCUUUGAUCUUGUAGUUUAAAAUUGCAGGGAACUGGGGUAAUCUUUUACUGAGCUGGAUCUUAGAGAAAAUGAAUAUUUAAAUUUUAAAGUUUGCACAUUUCAUCUUUGUCCUAACAUGAGUGCUUGUAACAAAAUAAACAAAAAUAAAAUAAAAAGCCAAAAACUACCUUUAUCCAUACACGAAAUUAUAGAUGAGGCAUACAAAUUUCUCUAAUGCUUCCCUUCCCUCCCCAAAUAUCAUCUGAUUGAUUGAUUGCCUAUUAUCUGGUGUCACCUCUUACAUUGUAAGUUAAUACUGAAAGGAAAGAAAGCACUUAAGUUUCACAGAAGCCGUUAUGUUUGUAGUAGUGGGUCAUUGCCUACUAAUGAACUCCACCACUGUACACAGAAUGAAGAAUAAUGCAUGUUAAUUUUCUUGUAUUAAAGAUGCCGUGAUUUGUAAAAAGUCUGUAUUUUGCGGAAUGUCUGGAUUAAGAAGCAUUACCAAUAGGAAUGGAUCGAUAGUUGAAUAAUGAUUUUUUUAUACAUAGACAUAUAAAAUACAGCCAGGAAAACUUAAAUUACUUUUUACAAAAAAAAAAAAACUCACAAUUUAUGUUUUUUCAAAGACUGAUCUUA